CGAACACCAAGGUGCUCUCUCCUUCCCCUCCCUCGUUCUCCAGGUCUCUCGCCCGUCCGCUGUGGAUUGGUUUGGUGUGUUUUGCAUGUGCCAGGAGGUUGAAGAGUAAGCUCCUACAGAGUGGAGCUCCCAAUGGCGCCAGCAUGGCUGAGGAUGACGCUGUGACUGCCAAAAGCCUGUCUGUGUUGGGUGGGAUGUACGGCACCGCUCCGUAGUCCACCACCUGCCCGGAGACCCAGUGAACCCCUCAGCAGGCGUCAGGGAGGAGGCGGUCACCAGGUGCGCUGUCUGCCCCCUGCCUUCCAGCCAAGCCCCGGCAUUCUGGGAGAGGAGCUAUAAGCCACUGGAAAGAGCUUCAGUAAAGGAGGGAAGAGAGAAGAGGAGAGGAGGAGAGGAUACAAAGGAGUGAGAGAAGUCAGAAUGAACCCAGCGGAUAUGCAGUGAACCACAUCCAGUGGGAGGAGCCUAAACAAAUACACACAUAUCUGCAGAGCUGGGAGCUGGAGAUGAAUGGGAAGGUUGCAGGGAGAGCGGCCGGCGCCACCAGUAACGUCAAUGAUUCUAACUCCAACCAGACCAACAGGGGGUCCGACAUGGCCCCGGAAGCACAGCCGAACGCAAGGAAUCCACGCGCCACCAGGAAGGCGGCCAUGUUUGGGAAGCGUUCCAACUCCAUGCGGAGGAACGCCAAGGCUGAGGUCACCAAGCAGGGCUGGCUGUACAAGCAGGCCAGCAGUGGGGUAAAGCAGUGGAACAAACGCUGGUUUGUCCUCGCAGACCGAUGCCUGUUCUACUAUAAAGAUGAGAAGGAGGACACGGUGCUGGGGAGUCUGCCCCUGCUGAGCUUCCGGGUCGGCGCCGUGCAGGUCCUGGACAACGUGACCCGCAGGUUCUCCUUCAAGGUGUGGCAGGUCCGGGCCGAGGGAGACGAGGAGGGGGAUCGGGACGAAGGGGCUUCUAAGGUUCCCCUUGUGUUCUGCGUCCAGGCCGAGCACGCCGGCACCCGCACCUACUACUUCAGCGCAGACAGCCCCCAGGAGCAGGAGGAGUGGAUCAGGGCCAUGGGGGAUGCAGCCCAGGUCGCCGCCCCGCCAGCACAGAGACCCAGCCCUGAGAGCAGCCCCCCGGCCACAGAGCCCCCCCGCCCGGUCCCCACAGCUCCCGAGACCCGGCCGGAGCACCCGCCCCAGACGCUGCACCCGCCCCACCGGGACGCCCAGCUCCCCCCGCACCCCAAGGUGAACGGGACAGCGGCGGCAGGGACCCCCUCCCCCUCCACGCCCCGCCCCGACAGGGAGGGGAGGGCGAGCGACGCCAGGAGAGAGGGGGGGGGCAGAGCAGAGGUGCAGGGAGGCGGGGAGGACGACUGCGGCCCCGCCGGGGGCCGGAGUCCCGGCGCCCUCCCGGCGCACCUCGCUCGUCCCAGCCAGCAGUCCAACGGCUGGUCCCACGAGGGCCCCCCCCCGCCCAACGGCCCGGCCCGCCCACACGUCUCCAGGCAGCCUGCGCCGAGAGCGCCGGGCGACCCCUGGCGGCCCCCGCAGGGCCCCGGCGGGGACGGGGCCGGUGGGCCUCCGGACCCCCGGGAGCUGCAGGAGAGCUCUGUGCUGAGGAGGGGCUGCUUGGCCCGGACCGACCCGGAGCGGCUCGCCCAGAGGAAGAGCUCCAUGACGCAGCUGCAGAGAUGGGUCAACCAGCGCCGCGGCCCGGCCUAUGAGGAGCUCAGCAGCCCCACCCGCUACUACACGGUGAACCGGGGCGUGUCCGCCGAUGUCUACGGAGUCUACGGGGGGCCCCCGCAGUACGGGGACGAGUACCCGCCCCUCUACCCGCCGGGGGCCCGGCCCGAGAGCAUCUGCUCCGGGGUGUCCGGGGUGGGCGGUGGCUACGACCGGCGCUGGACCCCCGAGGAGAGGCGGCGGUCCCUAAGGGACGGCCCCCAGGCCGCGCACUACGGGCCCCCCCUGGCCCGGGACCCCUGGGGUCCUCAGUACUACGGCGGGGGGGAUCCCCUGGACCCCAUGGGGGCCGCCAUGAAGCGCCUCUCCAUCCAGCCGCGGUCCCGCUCGGUGCCCAGGUCGCCCUCCUCGUCGUGCGGGGGCCCCUACUCGCCGGGGCCCCACAGCUUCGUGUCCCCGGCGCGGUCGCCCUCCACGUGCUACAACCCCGGGACCCCCAGGAGGUUGAGGGAGGAAGCCCUCUACGCAGACCCCUCCGUGUACCGGCUCAGGAGGUCCCUCAGCUCCCCAAAGUAUGACUACCCUGGUGACAGGAGGUCCCUAAACCAAGGAUUAUACUACUACAACAACUACCCUCCAUCCCCCUCUAUCCACAGCAAAAUGGAGGAAAUGCUAGAGCUGCAGCUCCAGAGGAACCUGGAGUAUCUAGACCAGCAGGGGCAUCCCUUCCAUGACGUGUACAGCAGGGAGCUUCACCCCACCCUCAAGCUCAACGAGAUCGAAACCAGUAAACUUUUGGGCCGUCUUUGUGAGCAAAACAGAAUUCUGAAAGACCAAGAGGCUGUGGUCCACAGACUACGAAUGGAGAAGGACACCCUGGAGGGGGCGCUAGUGGCCACCCACCAGGAGAUGGAGCUAUACCACAGCCAGCCACUGAUCAUGGACAACCUGCAGUACAAGAAAGAGUCCCUGCAGAACCAGCUGAUCAACAUCAGAGGAGAGCUGUCCCAGGCCUCCAGCUCGUUGACCACUCUACGCAUGGAGUUUGAAGCCUUGGAGGAUGAGGCUAACGCCAUCCACGGGGACCUCUGGGAGCAGCUGAAUGCAGGAGGCCAGAGUGAACUGGUUCACAGGCACAUCCAGAAGGAGUUCUGGAGGGUACAGGAUGUGUUGGAGGGACUGCACAAGAGUAAUUCAUCGAGAGGCACAGACACAUCCAAGCACAGAGCUGCCAGCGGCGUUUCCGGUUCCUAUAGCACCACUAGUCCGGCCAGUCCCAUGAGCUCAGUAGGCCUCACCAGCCCUCUCAGUCCCUUCUCCCCGCUGCCGGCCUCCCAGCCGUCCCCCACCAAACCCCCGGGCCCCGAGGACGUUGGUCCCCCGAGACCCCCACUCCCAGCGUCCUACUGCCCCUUGGAGUCCUCCCCUCCCUCCCCGCCUUCUGUCCCACCUCUGCCCUUUGACAGCGCCGCCUGGCUACGCAGCUUGGGCUUGGAUGCCAGUGCGCUCGAUGAGGACUCACAGCACAGAAAGCCCAAAUAUGGUGAGCGGAGCAGUAAGAAAGAUGUCCAGGAUCAAAACGAGGAACAGGAGAGACAGGCUGGCAUGAAUAAAGUAGGCAUCGUUCCUCCCAGGAGCAGGUCACCCACCGACGAGGCCCAGAACGUCGACGGGGUCUUCCGGCGACAUCGGAAAGCAUCCAACGGGAUCUCAAGGGAGCGACCGAAGAGCGCCGUGUUCCCCACGGAGAUCAGGUCCAAGAUGAGUGCGGAGGAGCAGAUGGAGCGGCUCCGUCGGAACCAGAGCAGCUCUGUGAGGGACAAGAGGCGCAGCCUGAACCUGGCUGGGCAGACCGCAGGCAGCUACAGGGUGGUGCGGCGGAGGCUGACGGCCCAUGAGGUGGACAUCAAGGACCUCGAGGCGGCUGUGCGCGGCGAGGGUCUGGAGUCGCCCCGCGAGGAGAUCGCCCGUCUGCGGCGCGUGCGGCUGGAGCCAGACCACUACGAACUGGACCACAGCAGGGAGCUGCUGGCUCCGGACAAGGUGCUGAUCCCUGAGCGCUACCUGGACCUGGAGGUCAGCGCCCCGCUCAGCCCCGAGGAGCAGAGGGAGAAGCAGAAGAAGGUGGAGAGGAUCAAGACUCUCAUCGCCAAAUCCAGCCUCCAGAACGUGGUCCCCCUGCUGGACGGUCCCACGGAGGGGGGCCACUCGGAGCAGCACCUCCAGGAGCAGGAGAAACGCAUCGAGAUCUCAUGUGCCCUGGCGGCCGAGGCCUCACGCCGCAGCCGCCUGCUGUCCGCCCAGUGCGUCCCGAGCCCUCCCACCUCCCCCACACGCCUGGUCCCUCCCCCGUCUUCUGCUGACCUCCCCGCCUCCGCCCACAUCAUGAGCGUAUGAGCCCCACCGAGCUCUGUCGCUGGCUGCCGUCAGGUUUGAGCGAGAAUCCUUCUGAGGAUUUGGGACACGUGGAAGAGGACCAGGGAACCAUGGAUUUAUUUCUUCAUCAUGUUGUUUGAGGAGGUGCUUCUGAACGGCUUUGGCCUCUUCGAACCCAAGAGGCCAAAGCCAGCUGGAAGGCCUGUGCCUCUCAGACUCCCCCAUGCGGGGGACACACAUGCUAGUUUCACGCCCAAACGGCCCAGAAAAGAGGAACGUCUCCUACAUAGUUACCACUAAUUAUAUUUUAUUGAUUGACCAUGGAUUGAAAACUAAAGAUAUACAUGAAUUAAUUAAUUCAUAGAUCAAAUAUGCAGACAUUUGAAAAACGUGUAGAAGGAGUCAGAAAAGCAGAGGUUUAUCUAAAGACCUCUGGUCUUCAUGUAUCUCCUUUCAGCUGAAAGGUCCUCAAAAGGGUCACUUUGUACUUUGUGAGACUGGGUUUUCUAAGACAGAGAUAGCGCACUAGCAGGCUUACAGGGCCAUUGACCCGAGCUGGGUCCACAAGGAUCCCUGUUGUCGACCCCUGGAGAUUUUUAUAAUGGUUCUACAUGACAGUGCCCACACUCAGAUUUUUUUAAAGGACAGAGAGCUUAUUUUGAACGCACUAUGAACCCUAACUUAAACCUGACCCCCGACCCUUUUAAGCAAAUGUCUUUUACACAAAACCUUUGUUAGCCUUUUUAUAUUUGCCUGAAGGAGCACCACCACCUCAAUGGGAACCACUGUGUCUAGCGCCUGGAAUACAUGUUUAUUUUUUAUCUUUAAAUUAGUUUAAUUAUAUCCCUCAUCACUUGUUAAAGUUCUGUGGACAUACAUUCAUAAUCUUCAUAUUAAAAUGUGACCACUGCUAGAGGAAAUAGAAGUGACCUUAGAAAUGUAAGUCUGCACAUUGGGACAUAUGUGCACGGCUAGGCCAGCAGAUUACAAUACCUUCAUGUCAUAGUUUUAUCUGAGAGUUAUCAUAUCAUAUAAUGUAGUGCCAUAUAAUUCCUGUAUAUUUUGAUAAAGAAUAGAUUUUAAUCAGAUUGAUAUUAUGUUCAAGUAAUAAUAUCAAGCCACUCAAGUUACCAGUCAAAAAUACAUACAACACAACCAACCCCCCCAAACCCCUAUAUACCUACCAGCCAUUGUCUUUCACAGUGAGGCAGUGGAGAGUUGAUGGAAGUGUACCACAGUGCAGUGGGGUCGGUGUAGUGCUCCUCCGAGGCGUCCUGAGACCUUUGUGGUGUGUUGUUGUAACUCUUCAGUUAAGAGAUCCAAGGGCGUCCCAGACGGUGGGAUGCUCUAGACUGCCAAAAUCAGCACAUAUUUGAAAUGCCGAGGGGAACCCAUGGCUUGAAUAAUGUCUUUGGCUCUUCCUUCUCCUCCCCGCUGCUUCUCUCUGGCCAUCUGCAGCCUUCUGCUUUCAUCAACCGACCACACGGCCUACGUUGAAGAGGACUUUGUAGGGAAAAGACUCUGAAUCAGAUAUCUAAAUCCAACAAAAGGGAAUUAGUUUUGUCAGUCAGCGGAGUGUGUUGAGAGAAGAUUUCUAUUUUUUUCUUGUCAUAUGAGAAAUGGAUUAAUGUCACUAAAAGAGGCAGUGCAUUAUUUGUUUUAGAUGUAGACAUAUUUAAUGUCACCUUUAAGGUUUCAGCUGACAGAAUCGAAUUUUACACACAAUUCAACAAUGUUUAGCAUUUUCACAACUAAAGGGGAGAAAUUAAUAUUGAUGAGAUAUAUUUUUUUAAUUUAUUGGUUUUGAACAUUGUCUUGUAACAUGAAAAUAUUGAUAUUUUUGGAGUAAUUGGAUUAGAUGCAUUACGAAAUGCGAAUUGGACUAGAACGUUUUGGAUAUUUGAUAUAUAAGGUAGCAUUUAUGGCUGAUGAAAAAUGAAACUGUAUUGGUCAAUAAUAUUUCCCAUUCCAACCACCUUCAUCUUGAUAUCAUUUAACCAUUGCUACACAGAACUGCUUGAACUAUGCAAACGUUAAAAAUGAGUCUGCUUGUUUAAGAAAUAUCUUGCAAUAAAGUGAAUGUAUACAAAGUGUUUCUCUAGAAGCUUUCGGGUCCCCACAGUAUUUCAUUUAUAAUAAUACAUGUCUUGCUGUCUGGAAUGAUUAUCUUGCUGUUAUUUUAUUGAUCAUGAUUAUCACUGCCAAAAAUAUUGCUACUACUGAAGUUAAUUGCUCAGCAAAUCUUUCUCAAUAGCUUUCUUUGUUUAUAUACCUUGAAUGUGUUCCAUCAAACCUAAUGUAUAUCUGAAUAAUAAAGUCAAAUAAAAACACAUCAAAAGGCA